AUGUCGCGCCAAGCCAAGGAGUACACCAUCGAGCAGCCUUUGAACGACGUGUGCGGUGGCUGUGCGGUGCGUGCCAAUGACCCUUUCGUCAAGGAGCGGGUUGGCAUUUGGCAACACGGCCCUCGUUUUAAGGUCUACAUGACUGGCAAUUUGCGUCAGCUGAUGAACAGCUUCGAGCGGCACUACAACGUGCCGCCCAUGCCUUUCAUUCCAACGCAAUGGCAAAAUUGGUUGGACCGGCACCAGUGCUACCAAACUCUUUGUGUCCGCUGUGCAUUGGAAAGAGGCUUUGACCCGCCGGAGGCCGGGAUCGGACCGGAGCGGUGCGGUGAGCGACGAAGGAGCGGUGGUUUUUUUUGGAGGGCCGGGCGGGAUGCGUCGGUUCAUGUGGCAGUUACCGACCGGCGUGUUGUUUGGUAG